GUUGGAACUGAGACACGUUGUUAUCGAUUCGUAUGUGUGAAUCAUGAUGGUAUUGAUAGAUGCCUCUUACUAAAGCCAUGUCCAGUGCCUUCUCAUUUAGAGAAAGGUCUGCUGACUGAUUCGCUCACUGACAUUCUGACCUCAUCGCCACAUAGGCGAGCAGAGCCGCUUCUGUAUGAGGUCGCUUGAAUCGUGGCGUUGGUUUGAGGUGGCCCGAAUGUGUGGCUGAUGUAUUUAUGGCUCAGGUGCCUUUCCCACUUCAGUCAGUCAUGCCUGCAUGCCUGGCUGACUCAAACCGAGCGAUGAUUCAAAAAGUGGUAUAACCAUCAUUCUGACAGCCUGCUGUGGUACAGACAAACGACACAACACACCCAUCACGACACGCAGAAAUAAAAAGCACACACACACACCAGCACGUGUUGAAAGAAUGACAGGAAAAAGGUGCAUGUGUGAUGCCUACACAACGACACUACAGAAGGACACCACACACACGCAUUAUGUGCGACACCUCGGCGAUGCGCCUCCUAGUGAGACACACACGCACACACGAAGACCACACGAGAUAGAUAAAAAACACUGCAAGCGGCACAUACAGCCACACACAACUCUCUCCCUCACUCACUGCCCCACCACGUGCAGGACCUCUAUCUCAUCCGCCAUGAAGACCAGAGACCCACCCAACAGAGCAUCGCCUGAACCAUCCCUCUCUCCCGUGUAGCCCUCAGGCACACUGCUGCGGUGGGUCCACUGAUGGCAGCUGCGGAUGUCGGCAGCAGGCUGGUCACUGCCAUGGCCACCAAAGCCCAGACGCAGAUGCCCACCGAUGAACACAUUUGCGCCCCCCACACCACCCACACUCCCCUCCCUCCCCGCCACAUCCACAUACUGCCUCUCUCGGUCGAUGUCAAUCUUGGUCGGCUUGUCGAAGUGGCCGGCCAGUGAGAAAUACCACACAUCACAGACGUAUCUGCGGCUCUUGGUGGGGUCGUCGGGCAGCUGCAGGCCGGCAAUGAUGAAGGCACCGAACAGAUAUGUGCCCUUGCGGAUGAUGAACACCAGGCCGGACUUGUCGCCCACACAACGAAGCAAAUCGCCAUACGUGGAGCCGUCACGCGAUGACCUGAUGCACACACACACACACACACACUUACGCCUCUGUUUUGACGUGAGAGUCAGUCCAACGCUGCCUACUUGUAGAUGACACUGAGGCCCCCGCCCAGCCACUCGAACAGGGCCGGGUCAUCAUCAUGCGACCAUGACUGCAAUCGACAUGCACACAACAGCGAAAUCCAUGACAUGGCCAGUCUGCAGAGCGACGUGUACCAGCAGGGGGCGCAUUUCUUUGCGGAUGGCUUCGGACGACUGCAUACACGAAGACUGGUGCACUCUGUCUGCGUAUCUGAGCGUGUCCGCAUGUGUGUGUGUGUGUGUAUGUAUGUCAUGUGACCUCGUCUAUCUUCUUCUGUGCGGCUGCCUGGUUGGAUUUGAUGAGCGCCUGCUGCUCCUGUAACUGAACACACACAGGAGGGAGAUAGGACCUGGGUGUGCCUUUCGCCCAUGUCCAUCUGACCUGGGUGGUGUGUUGCUGCAAAUCGGUGUCCACGUGCGCCCGCAGCUGCACACAGUGAGACAGCAGGAGGGAGUGUAUCUCGCCUGACCCAAGCGUGUGUGUGUGGGAUGUCACUUGCCUGCUCGAUCGAUGUGUCGGUGGCUGCCUUCAGCGCACGUAUCUCUGCUGCCUGCAUGAGACCAUUCAAACACACACAUACACACACACACACAAGUACGUAUGCGCCUCAAGCAUUCAGCUGCGUGGCAUAAGUACCUGUGUAUUGACUUUGGCGUGGAGCGCCUGUAUCUGGGCUGCCUGCGGGCACUCCACACACACACACACACACACACACACAUGACAGGAACGAAGGCGAUGCUCAUUGGAUCAGACCUGUGCGCGCAAUUCCCUGCGGCUGGCCGUACUCAGCUGUACAAAAAUAUCGGGGCGCCAGAGAAACGAAGAGUGCACGUUUUUUUCUUCGUCUGAGUGUGUGCAUGUUUGUCAUGUCACCUCGUCUGUGUUCUUCUGUGCGGUUGUCUGGCUUGAUUCGAUGAGCGUCUGCUGCUCCUGAAGCUGAACACACACAGCAGAGAGAAAGGGCAUUUGCGUUUAUGUCGAUCUGUGUCUUCCGGCCAUGUCGAUCUGACCUGAGUGGCGUGUUGCUGCAAAUUGGUGUCCACGUGUGUGCGCAGCUGCACCAAGGCAAAGGACCCAUGACCCGAUGGUGGUGUUGAGUGCACAUAAUGUGGCUUGCCUGCUCGAUUGACGCAUUGGUGGUGUCUUUCAGCGACUGUAUCUCGCUCUGCGCCUCCUUGCGGAUGACGUCACACAAGUGCACAGACAGAGCACAGACAGAGAGAUGAAGAAUGCACAUCUUGGCGGUUUGUUCGCUUACCUCUUGUGUGUCCUUCUUUGCCGCCGCCCUGUUGUCAUCGAUGGCCUGCUCGAGACGUAAAGCCUUGCCGACCAACUCAGUGUGGUUGGACACGAUGAAGGCUCUCUGCUCCUGUAGCUGUCACACAGCAGGACAGCCAGCCACGUGUGCCCCAUUGCAUAUGUUUUUCUGUCUUUCUGAUUUUACCUGAGCGGACGUCUGCUGCCAUAUCGCCUCCUUGAUGGCGGCUAUCUUGUCCUCGAUGGUCUGCAACAGCGCCGCCUCCUGGCGCAUGGUCGCCAUUGUGGACUCCGUGUUGGCUCGCAGCUGCACAGAGAAAGACAGCAAGAGCGGGUCCAUCACUUAGCCACUGGAUGGACCCAGAGAGUGUGUAUGUGGGUGUCCCUUGCCUGCUCGGUUGCCGCAUUGAUGGCCGCCCGGUCGGCUGCGCUGCUCUCCUUCAGCGCCUGGAUCUCUGCCGCCUGCGAUCCACCAUUCAAGUAGAUGGCAAGUUGGACACUGUCUGUGUGUGUGCUCACACCUGUGUGUCACUUUGGGCUUGAAGUCCCUGUAUCUGGGUUGCCUGCACACACACACACACACACACACACACACCACACAUCAGUGUUACAAGUGAACGACAGUGUCAAGUCCUCCAGCCAACACACCUGUGUGGCGACUUGAGCCUUCAGCUGUCGAUUCUGGACAAGGAGAGAGAUGGCCACAGUGACAUAGCAGACAAAUCUGUGUGCCGGAGCAAAUCCAUCACUCACCUCCUCUGCGUUCUUCUCCGAUGUCUGUUCGAGACGAGCCACUACUUCGAUGGCCGCUCUGGCUGCCUCCUCAGCUUGCGCAAUCUGAUCUCCCGCCUCCUCGAGCGUCAUGACGCGCAGUGAAGACGGUGCAAGAGCGCACAUGGCGCGAAUGAGAGGGGCACGGCAAUCGCCUUCAGUCAUGGACGAUGGUGCUGGUGCCGCUUGAUGCUCGGCGGUGGUCAUUGGGAUCUCUCACCCGCAGCACGGAACACACAGACAGAGAGGGGUCGUGUCUGUGUUCCUGACUCAUUCCUCGUGCUUACCCUAGUGCUUUCCUGUCUGCUGGGCGCUCUGCACGCCUCGCGGUGCCUCAGAUCUGC